AUGACAGAAUCAACAACAGGCAGAGCAGAAUGUUCUACAUGUGGCAAACACAAAAUCGUAUAUCUAUGCGAAGGAUGUUCACAAAAGUUUUGCUUGAAGGAUUUAACAGAGCAUCGUCAGCUACUCGACAACCAGUUGGAUCAAGUUAUCACUGACUGUGACCAAUUCAGACAAAAUCUUAUUGAGCAAAAACAAAAUGAAAAUCAACGUUCAUGGAUACAACGAAUUGAUGAAUGGACAGAAAUUUCAAUAAAUAAAAUCAAACAAACUGCAGAUGAAUGUAGAAAAAUAUUCAUUAAAUAUACUAAUGACAAUGUCAUCGAAGCAGAAAAAAAAUUUAAUGCGGUUGUUACAGUAUUAAGAAAAAAUCGCCAAGAAAGUGAAAUUGACGAAAUUCAUUUAAAUCAAGCAAAAUUCUUAUUGAAAGAACUGCAAAAAGAACUUGAUCAAUGUUCAAAUAUUUCAGUUCAGGAAGAUUCCGUACCGCUAAUAAAGAAAAUUUCAGUUUUUCGUGAGUAUGAUCAAUAUAUCCAAAUUGAUCGAUGA